CUGCAUUUUAACUACUGGUUAUAAAUAUAUUGUUUCGUUUUAUAUAUUGUUUUCUCUUUAUAUUAAUUAUAUCAUAAAUCCACUAUGAAAGAAGAGGUGACAUUUUAUUUUAUCGCAACAAUGAGUAAUGAGUAUUCUCCUUUUGGUAUAUAUUUUACCAUUUUGAUUAUUGGUAUGCACUAUUUUAUAAAAGAGAAAAGAGUCUACAGCUAUAAUUUGGACUAUUAUAUCACUUUAGUUUAUAUUCAGACAUAAUAGUUACUGCUGUCUAUUUUACUUGUUCUAAGCCAGACAACUAUUUUAUAUAUAUACUAAAAUUCAAUUUUUUUUUUUAAUCCUCUGAAAUAUUUAUUACCAAAGAAAGGUAUUUUGUUGAUAUAGCAUUAUACCUAUCUGUAGGUUAUAUGUCUUUUCUUCAAG